UUCCCUCGCUUCCCCCAACGUCCUCCAUCGUAACAACUUCCGCCCUUGGCCUCUCCCGCGGCUCAAAACCCUAGCCGGAAAACAUGGCGUUUUCCGUCGAUUCUCGCCGGAGAACCCAGAAAUCCGGCGAAAAUUAGAGGCUUAAGGAGAGGAGGAGGAGGAGGGAUCGAAGUCUUAGGUCUUAGCUGUCGGAUCCAGCCGGCGGGACUCGUGGAACGGAGGCAUGUCGAUUAGGAUCAAGGCGGUGGUGGAUAAGUUCGUGAAGGAGCUGACGGAGGCUCUGCAGGCGGACAUCCAGGAUCGGAUCAUGAAGGAGAGGGAGAUGCAGAGCUACAUCGAGGAAAGGGAGCGGGAGGUCGCCGAGCGCGAGGCCGCGUGGAAGGCUGAGCUCUCUCGCCGUGAGGCAGAAAUUGCCCGUCAAGAGGCAAGGCUGAAGAUGGAGAGGGAAAAUCUAGAGAAAGAGAAGAGUGUUCUCAUGGGCACCGCAUCAAAUCAGGACAACCAAGAUGGUGCUCUUGAGAUAACUGUCAGCGGUGAGAAGUACAGGUGCCUUCGAUUCUCCAAGGCAAAAAAAUGAUGUUUUGGACAAAGAGAUGAAGAGAACAGAAUCUAAUUAGAGAGUCCAGGCUUAACUUUGUGAUACCAAGGGUUGAAUUUGUCGUCAUACAUGGAUCUGGGUGAUUUAGAGUUUAAACCAAAGUCGCAUUCAUUUGAUUAGUUGUACAGAAAAUGGGCCCUAUAUGCUAAUGUUGUCCUCGCAGUCAAAAUUGAAGUAGCAGCAGAGUUUAAGUUCUAAAAGACUAGCUUGAUAAGAACUUCUACAGAUGUAUGAAGUUGAUGAAUCAGGCUUUUCUAUAUGAAGAAAGUCUAUAUGGCCCCCAUAUUCUACACAUAGGUCCUGGACUUGGGCUUUGUCGACAUGUUUGCCUUCUCUAGAGGCAUUGAGAAGGCAGAUAAAAAAAUCUUUAUGUAACAUUAUUUUUGUUAUUGCAUACUGUUUCAGUUGGCAAAGUCACCAGAGGUAGGGUAGUUGUGACCUUAGAAUUGUUACUGCUAUAUUCUUUUUGGAGACCCAGUCCAUUUUUCAGACCCAUUAGCAGCUCUUCUUAGCUUCCAAAGUUAGUAGUCCCAGGAAACCUAGGCAGAAGGUAGUAAUAAUUAGUAUCAGGUGGUUGAUACUUGCUUUUUUUUUUUUAUUUUCUAAAUAGAUUAGGAGGGGUUCUAAUCUCAUUCAUUACUUGUACCCAUCCUAUUCCACUUGGA